GUUUAUUUAUUUUGCGGUGCAGCCCUGCGCGUGUAACUGUGGCUAUCUCCAUCCCUAGAAUUCGGCGUCCUCUCAAAAAACUGUAAAUAACCAAUACGAAAGUAGUAAAAAUCAGGAGAAAAUUUGUUAUAGAAAAACUAUAAAGCUGAUACUGCCCACGAAACUCAACUUUGAAACGGAUUACUUUGUCAAAUACGAUUCGGCAGAGAGUAUAACAUUUAGCCAGAGGUUUGGCGAAGCCGAUCUGGUUGAGGGUCUAGGCAAUAAUAUGGAUAUGGAUGGAGGCUCCCACCACGACGAUUAGGAAAUACAGCUUUUUGACAACGAACAGCGGGCAUUGAAAAUCCCAUGGACAUGAUGAAUGAGGAUUCAUGUGAGGAAAUGCUCAAUCAAAGCCAAAGCAUCCAUGAGGAUGACGAUACAAUCUUGGAGAUAUCCACCGAAUUUAAGGAUGCACCAAGACAGGUCACCAAAGUAAUUGUGCCAUUUGCGAAGCGUGCCAAGGUGAUGGACAUGAAGAAUCUCAAGAAAUGCUGCCAUUCUUUGAUCCAGAAACAGCUCCUGAAUCCUGUCGAUGAGACAUCGGUACCCUCCCACUCAGUGCCAAAGGAAGAAAGCUACGCGAAGGGUACCGCCAGCUUCCAGGAGGUUUACCGAUCCUUGCCUUAUGUCUUGAGUGACAAGAUGAAAGAUUCUCUGUCCCCAUCGGUGGCCCUCUACGCGGUUCUCCAUUUGGCCAACGACAUGAAACUGCGACUCAUUCCUCAAGAGAAUCUAGAGGAUUUUCAAAUCCGGCAAGUUCUGGAUGACGAAGUUUAGAAGUUUAGAAGUAAUCAAUCUCCACACAAUUUUAAACACCUUUUCAUGCACCAAAACAUACAAAACACUAAAAGAAACGAAGCAAGGCUCAUCUCCAAUGUAUUUUUGGAUAAUUUUUCAAUUCCAUCUCUCAAGGGGUACCCCGUUCUAAGUCCUAAGUCCGCAUUAACAAUAAAUUAAUAUUUUUG